AUGUCCACCCGUCACCUGCGCCACGUCGCUACGCGCUCGUCCCAGCAACUGUCCCGGGCCAUGCUCUCGACCGCUGCGGAGAAGAAGUUUUACAUUCUGCAGUACGAGUACGUGCAGGACAUUGCAGACCGCCGUGGCCCUUUUCGCGCGGAACACUUGGAGCGUGCGGGGAAAGCCAAGCAGAACGGACACAUCGUGAUGGGCGGCGCGCUCGUGAACCCUCUGGACGCUGGCGUCUUUAUCUUUAACGUGGCGGACAAGAACGUGGUCGACAAAUUUGUGAAGGAGGAUCCGUAUGUCGUCAAUGAACUGGUCACGUCGCACUCGAUUCGUGAGUGGAUGGUCGUUGUUUGA